AUGUAGUAUAAAAAAUUAGAAGGCUAAUCAAAUUAUUGGAAAGCUGCUAUGCUUGGCACGAUUUUCCUUUUCAUGUUUUCUUCAUUUAAUUCAGCAGCAAACUUAAUAGCCUUUCUCUAUAAGGAAGCAAAUUAUGAUGAUUUAGGAGUGAUUUCAUUAUUUUCAUUAUACGCUGCUUUUGGAGUCAGUUCUGUAUUUGCCCCUAAUAUUAGUGCAUUGUUUAAUCCCAAAUACGUAAUGUUCUUUUCCUCAUUUGGAUAUACUCUAUAUUUGUCAUGUGGAAUAAUUGUCUUUUAAUGCAAAGAUCAUGGUGUUCAAGAUGGAAUUUGCAGCAAAGGGAUUUUGUAUAUAAUUGUUAUUCUUUGUGCAGUAGUAAAUGGUAUAUGCGCAAGUACCUUGUGGGUUUCAUAGCCAUGGUACAUCACAAGCAUUAGUACAAAUGAAACGAGAGGUAAGUACUUUGGUAUAUUCUGGGCAUUGAUGUAAUCAUCAUAGAUUGUGGGUAACGUGUUGGGAUUGGUUUUAGUACAACUAUCACCGUUACUAUAUUUUUUAGUGAUGACCAUUGUUUGUGGAAUUAGUGGAUUUAGCUUUUUACUUUUGCCUUCUACAUUUGAGAAAGCACAAGAAGUGAAGAGUGUGAAGGAGAAGCUUAGAGGAAUUUACGUUAUCAUAAGUUCAAGAAAGAUGAGACCAAUGUUAUUAUAUUACUAUUUUGCAGGAACUAUUGUAGCAUUUUAUACUGGGUUUUUGUAUAAACUUAUAGCUGCAUCUCAACCAGAAGAUCAAAGCUAAGAAUUGACAGGCAAAAGGUAAGCAUAUGUAUUCAUUAUACUUGGUGUUUUUGAAUUCAUCAGUGGAAUUUGUUCUGGAUACAUAUCAGAUAGAGUUAAUCGUUACAUGGUGGCUACGGCAAGUACAAUAAUAGUUGAGUUGGCUUUAAUUGUUAGCAUAAUUAGUUAUUAUACUGAAAGCUACACAUUGUGCUUCAUAUCUGGGGCUCUUUGGGGAACUUCUGAUUGUCUGGUGGCUAAUAUGACUAUGGUUAUCACUACAACACUUUUUCCAGAUUAAAUUGAAGCCUUUGCAAUUAGAGCCAUCAUGACCUCAUUUGCCACCAGUGUUAUGUUAAUAUUUAGUAUCCUAAUUCCUAAUCAGAUCAUUUAUUUACUAAUUGUUGUAUUUAUUGAGUUAUUGACCAACAUCAGUACAAGUAAAUUGGGAGUAGUCAAUGAAAAGCCAAAUGAAAUUAGAUUGUGA